GCACGCGGCUGUGCCAGUCACGGCGCGUCUCGCAUAGCUGGACCACUAGAUGUAACCGGUGUUCACGCGUUCUGCACAAUUUUCACUUUUCGUUGCGUCUGCGCAUAUAGUACUAGUACUAGUAUUUACUUAAGUAAAGUUAAGUACACUUAUACUGUUGUGCUGCGGUUUUGUGUGUGAUUUUUUUUUUAAGUUGUGCUCGAAUUUUGGUGUUUUUAUCUCAAAAUGGCGUCAGAAGUGAACGAGUGGUAUAAAGGGCGAAGCGUCUUAGUGACAGGUGCCCUGGGGUUAAUGGGCAAAGUGUUGAUUGAGAAACUGCUGUACAGUGUACCCGACGUCGGCUGCGUGUACGCACUGGUACGGUCGAAGCGAGGCAAGGCACCGGAGACACGCAUCGAAGAGAUGUGGAAACUGCCUCUAUUCAAAAGAAUAAGAGAUGAGAAGCCACAUGUCAUGAAGAAGCUGAUCCCAGUAACUGGCGACAUCAUGUACAAUGAACUGGGCAUAUCUGCUGAACACUUGAACAAUAUCUACAAUGAGGUGUCAAUAGUGUUCCAUUUCGCAGCCAGCUUGCGUCUAGAAGCGCCCCUGAAGGAGGGUUUGGAGAUGAACACAAAGGGCACGCUCCGAGUCCUCGAGAUGGCCAAGAAAAUGAAAAGCCUCGUCGCUUUCAUACAUUUGUCUACAGCUUUCUGCUAUCCAGAUUAUGAGAGGAUGGCUGAAAAGGUGUUCGAUCCCCCAGCGGAUCCGCACGAGGUGCUCCGCGCAGCCAGCUGGUUGACGGAGGAGCAGCUAAACCUUCUAGCACCUUCCAUCUACCAGAAACACCCCAACUCCUACACAUACUCCAAGAGAUUGGCUGAAGCCCUGGUCCGAGAGAGCUACCCGAAUUUACCCACCGUUGUUGUUCGACCUAGCAUAGUAACUCCAUCGUACAAGGAGCCUACUCCAGGCUGGGUGGACAACCUGAAUGGUCCUAUUGGCCUCAUGGUAGGUGCUGGUAAGGGCGUCAUCAGAUCCAUGCACUGCUAUGGACACUACCACGCAGAGGUCAUUCCUGUUGACCUAGCCAUCAACAGCAUCAUUGUCAUCGCCUACAAGACUGGCAAGGAUACUCAAAGGCACCCAGAGAUCCCAGUGUACAACCUUACGACUGGAGACGACCGCAAUACCACGUGGAAGCAAGUCCUGGACAUAGGCAAGGCUACCGUCCGCAAGUUCCCCUUCGAAGGUCCCCUGUGGUACCCCGACGGAAACAUCAGGCACAACAAGUUUAUACACGACCUCUGUGUGUUCUUCUACCACAUCAUACCAGCCUACUUCAUCGACUUCCUCAUGUUUCUCUUCAGACAGAAGCGAUUCAUGGUGCGGAUUCAGAACAGAAUCUCUAUCGGUUUGGAAGUCCUUCAAUAUUUUACCACUCGGGAAUGGUGGUUCGAUACAAACAACUUCAAGUCUUUGGUUAAUAUACUGAAUCCUGUUGACAAGGAGACGUUCCCAAUGGAUACGACCAUCAUAGAGGAUGAGCCCUACAUAGAGAGCUGCAUGAUAGGUGGCAAAUUGUACUGCUUGAAGGAAAAACUUGAAAACUUGCCAAAAGCCAGAUUGCAGAAUCAUAUACUGUACAUCAUGGACCGCUUGGUAUCCUUGUUCUUCUACCUCGUGCUGCUGUACUGGAUCGUAUCUUACUUCGAACCAGCUCGGGAACUGCUCUCAUACGGCGGCCCCGCCGUUCGAUACCUACCUUUAGUUGGCAAAGCAGUAUUCAAAGAUGCGUAAUAGAAGCAAAAUUGUUAAAUAUUAGUGUCCGACCGAAAGUUCGGUUUCGGUUUCGGUUUCGGCCGAGUUUCGGCCAAAAAUCAAGUUUCGGCGAAAAUUUCGGUUUCGGCCAAAAUUGGCCGAAAUUUUUGCCGAAACCGAAACUGAUUUCGGAAGUUGUCGUGCACGCUCGCCUAACGUCGUUUCUCGCAGCAACGCUUUGGCGGCCGCUGGCGGCCAUGUUCGGGAAUUGUCGUGCGCCGUAAUUUGAUUAUUCAUAACUAAUAAAUAUUUUGCUAUGACAACUUUAUUUGAAAAAAAAAAAUAUUAUUAAUAUUUUUCUAUAUUAUAUUAAAUAAUAAAUCAUUACAAGAAAAUUAA